AUGGAAAAAUUAUCAAUAUCGCAAACAGCCUUGCCAAUCAACAACAGUGGUUCUACUUCUGCUGCUCCAAAGAGACGAAGAAACACCGCACCUGCUGGAUUUUACUCCGCUACUCAUUCAAUUUUUCCCACUCAUCAACAAGAGGAACCGAAAACAAGGAAAAGUCGAUUUCAAAAGCGUUUACGUAAACCUCCUUCAUUUGAAACUUACCUUCGUCUUCGUGAAGAUCAGUGUGAUAAAAAUAACAAUCAAAAUAAUCAUGUUCUAAGUAAAAUUGAUGACAACAAAGGGCCAGACAAAUAUUCAAUUAAUUCAUCUUUUUCGUCAAGGACUAUAAAUGCUACUAAUUCUAUACGUAGAGCAUCUUAUGCCUCAGGAACACGAUCCACUAGAUUAGAGGAUAUUAAAGAUGAUGAGCCAAGUCAUCUUGGAGAAUGGGAUUUAUUUGAGGAUGAAACUGAAGAAGAGGAACAAUUAUCGAUACCAUCAUCAGACUCAUCAGCAUCGUAG